AUGAAGGAAAAUUAUUACAACAAGAAGAAACUGAAAUAUCUUGAGAUGUUAAGAUCAGGAAAGCCAAAAAAGAACUCAAGGGGGCAGGUAAUCAAAGAUGCGCCGUUUCAGAAGGCAAAGGCAGAAGCAGGGAGGAUAGAGCCAAGCAGGAAAUGGUUUACGGGUACGAAGAUAGUCUCAUCUACGGAGCUUGAUGCAUACAGAUCUGAAGUGAAGGUGCAGACCCCGUACAAUGUGCUUCUUAGUGCAGGAAAAGUACCAUAUUCACUUCUUGAGGAUGGGUGCAGGAAGAGAAAGCAGACUAAUGAUUUUGAAUGUGUGUUUGGAAAGAAAUCGAUAAGGAAGAAGCCGACGCUUGGAUACAGCAGCUUGAAGGAGCUUUCUCAGCAAUUGAAUCAUGAGAAGAAGGAGAGCAUUGAGCUGAAGAAAGAGUUUGUGAAGGGGCAAAGCCAUAGGAUAUGGCUUGAGCUGUAUAAGGUUCUUGACAGCAGUGAUGUGAUUGUUCAUGUUCUUGAUGCAAGAGACCCUUUGGGGACGCUUUGCGACAAGAUAUCUGCAUACAUUAAGGAGGAGGCGCCUCACAAGCAUAUGAUGUAUGUGUUGAAUAAGGUUGAUCUUGUGCCUACUGGAGUAACCGCUAAAUGGCUAAAGUAUUUUUCGAAGUCGCAUCCUACAAUAGCAUAUCAUUCGAGCUCAAUAACAAAUAACUAUGGAAAGGCAAAUCUGAUUAACCUUCUGAGACAGCUGAGCAAGCUGUACAAGAAGAAACACAUGAGCGUUGGGUUUGUUGGGUAUCCAAACAUUGGCAAAAGCAGCAUAAUAAACACAUUAAGGAACAAGGCAGUGUGUAAGGUUGCGCCUGUUCCGGGAGAGACAAAGGUAUGGCAAUAUAUAACGCUUACAAGAGGAAUAUACUUGAUAGAUUGCCCAGGAAUAGUUCCGAUUGCAGAUUAUACUCAGGCCAUACUCCGAGGAGCAAUUCGGAUUGAAAACAUCGAAGAACCUGAAAUGUACAUUGAUGAAGUGAUUUCCAAGGCAAAGGAUUCGAUGUCAAAAAUAUAUGGGAUUGUGUUCAACAACUCGAUAGAUUUACUUGAGAAGUUGGCAAUAAGAUUUGGAAAGCUGCUGAAAGGAGGAGAGCCCAAUAUCGAUGCUGUUUCUAAGAUGGUGCUUCGUGAUUGGGUUAGAGGAAAGAUUCCAUACUACACAAUACCUGCUGAUGCUACUGAUGAGGAAAAGAACUAA